AUGGCGGCAUUAGUGAUAGCCAAAAGCACGCCCAACGGCGGAGGCCGAGCUCCGGAGAAUCGGAGGCCGCCGGCUGCCGCGAGGCGUCUUCUCUCGGUCUCGAAAUCCUCACAGAGAGUGAACAAAAACCUAGUUUUUGUAAUCAAUAACCGGACACAAUCUCGACUCAUCUCCAACCAUAAUCCAACGGCCAGCAGUCUCCGCCUCGACGUUCACGUUCUUGCACAAGGCCGUAAAAAAUGUGUAAUCCCAACCCAUGAACAUGACCCCACAAUCGAGCACCUUCGACUCGACUUGUUCAGGCGUCAAAACCGUGGCCAAGGUCACAUUUCCGAGGCCCGAGUCUUUGUCUUCCAUGGCCCUAUGAAUUUCCCCGACCACUCCAGCGAAGGCUUGCAUCGGGCCCACACGGUGAGAUCCUCGAUUUUCCAGCCGUGGAGCUUCUCGACCAAUAACCCGAGGUCCCACACCGCCGUAUUGUUGUUGUUGGGGGUUGUCGAUAGGGAGACCGACUCGAUUUUGAAAGUAGGGAAGUCUGGCGGCUGUUCAAUGAGUACGAUUAAGAAUACGACUGUGCCUAUGGUUACACCAACUAACACAAGGAAGAUGGCGCAGAAGACGGUGUCGGAUAUUGAUUUUUUUUGA